CUCGCCGCGCGCUGAGUUCCUUAUUGUGCGUGAUGAGCUGCGCGUGGCUGCACUCUGGACUGGCCUCACGGCUGAAGUCUCCCGUUCUGCCCAUCCAUUCGGAGAGGGAACCUUUACCAUCCAAGGGCAUGUCAGGAUGUUCAUUCGGAGGAAGAUUCUAUUCUCUGGAGGACACUUGGCACCCUGACCUCGGUGAGCCGUUUGGAGUCAUGCACUGUGUCCAAUGUUACUGCGAGACACAAAGGGGUCGUAAGAGUAAGGUGUUGGGGAAGGUAAGCUGUAAGAACGUCAAGCAGGACUGUCCUGAGCCUAGCUGUGAUGACCCAGUGCUGCUACCUGGACAAUGCUGCAAGACCUGCCCCAAAGGCGAGGUGGACAGGAAGCAGGCGGAGGCGGUGUUUGAUGGCUUCGAGUACUUCCAGGAGAAGGAGAAAGAGGAUGACCUGCACAAGUCCUACAAUGACCGCUCAUACCUCAGCUCUGAGGACAUUUCCUCUGGGGAGAGCCGCACUGACUUUGUAGCAGUGUUGACGGGAGUGACAGGCUCCUGGUUACCCAGCUCCAGUGGUGUGGCCCGGGCACGCUUCUCUCUCACUAGAACCAGCCUGACCUUCUCCAUCACCUACCAGAGGAUCGGGCGACCAAGCAGGGUUGUCUUCCUUGAUUCAGAUGGAAACACUGCGUUUGAGUACAAGACCCCUAAGGGAGACUCAGACAUGAUCUGCGGGGUGUGGAAGAAUCUCCCCCAAUCCCACGUGCGACAGCUACAGGCAGAACAACUUCGGGUUACUAUGACAACAGCCACCGGUAGACGGGAGCAGAUCGAAGGAAAGAUCAUCAAACACAGAGCACUGUUCGCAGAGACGUUCAGCUCCACUCUGACCUCAGAAAAAGAGCAUUCUGGGAUGGGAGGCAUCGCCAUGCUGACUCUGAGUGACACAGAGAACAACCUUCACUUCAUCCUCAUACUGCAGGGACUGAUCCCUGUAGACUCCCCCCUGGUGCCCAUCCGGGUACGACUGCAGUACAGCCAACAUGUCCUGAGAGAGAUCCAUGCCAACGUCACCGCCUAUGACCCAGACUUUGCUGAGGUACUGACAGACCUGAACAGUCGGGAGCUCUUCUGGUUAUCAAGGGGCCAGCUGGUGAUCGCCGUGGAAACUGAGGGCCCGGAUCCCAGACACAUCUCCGGCUUCAUCACCGGCAGGAAGUCAUGUGACACCAUCCAGAGUGUCAUGUCCAGUGGUGAUGCAUUGACAGCAGGGAAGACAGGCGGUGUGGGAUCAGCAUUCUUUCAUCUCCAUGAUAACGGCACCCUGGACUACCAGGUCCAGAUAGCGGGGUUAUCCAGUGAAGUGGUGGGUCUGACCAUCGAGCUAAAGCCUCGGCGGCGCAGUAAGCGGUCCGUGCUGUAUGACCUAGCUCCAGAGUUCGACAGGCCCAGCGGGCGGGCGACGGGAAGCUGGAGUCGUCUGGAGGCGCGUCACAUCCACAUGCUGCUGCAGAACGAACUGUUCAUCAACGUGGCUACCGCACACAGCCAGGAGGGGGAGCUACGCGGACAGAUCAGAGGCCUGUUCUACAGCGGCCUGGAGGCACCCAGACAUGAGAUCCCUGUCCCUCUGGCAGGCCAGUUUGUGGCCCCUCCAGUCCUGACCAGUGCUGGGGGCCAUGCCUGGGUGUCUGUGGACGAGCGCUGUCACCUCCAUUAUGAGAUCGUGGUGGCAGGCCUCAGCAAAGCUGAUGACCUCACAGUCAGCGCCCACCUUCAUGGAUUUGCCGAAAUCGGAGAGCUUGGCGAGAGCAGCACCAAUCACAAGAGACUGCUGACAGGGUUCUACGGUUCUCAGGCCCAGGGUGUGUUGAAGGACAUCAGUGUAGAGUUGUUGCGUCACCUGGACAGAGGGACAGCCUUCAUCCAGGUCAGCACCAAGGUCAACACCAGAGGAGAGAUACGUGGACAGGUCCAUGUGCCUAACAACUGUGAGUUUGGGACAAGGGGUGAGGUGGAGUUGGCGGAGUUUGAUGGCCUGUUUGUGCGUGAUCCUGAGGAACUAAAGAAAGACCCCCACACCUGUUUCUUUGAGAGUCAACACCACGCCCACGGCUCAUUCUGGACCCCCAACUACAACAACUGUUUCACCUGCAGCUGUCAGAAGCGCACAGUGAUCUGUGACCCGGUCAUCUGUCCAGUCCUCACCUGUUCUCGCACCAUCCAGCCUGAGGACAAGUGCUGCCCCGUGUGUCUCGAGAGGAAAGAGCCCAAGAACAUGAAGACUCCAGAGAGGCUAGACGAGCAUCCAGAAGGUUGUUACUUUGAGGGGGACCAGAAGAUGCAUGCUCCUGGGUCUACAUGGCAUCCAUUCGUCCCUCCAUUUGGCUACAUCAAGUGUGCCCUCUGCACCUGCAAGGGGGCGACAGGCGAGGUGCACUGUGAGAAGGUGACGUGUCCAGCCCUGACCUGCAGUCGUCCGGUACGCCGUAGCCCCUCAGACUGCUGUAAGGAAUGUCCGGAGGAAGACAACCCCCCCCUGGAGCACGCUGACAUGAUGCAGGCAGAUGGGACACGUCACUGCAAGUUUGGGAAGAACUUCUACCAGAACAGUGACAACUGGCACCCCCGUGUGCCCCUGAUGGGAGAGAUGAAGUGCAUCACCUGCUGGUGUGACCAUGGUGUGACUAAGUGUCAGAGGAAACAGUGUCCAGUCCUGACCUGUAGUAACAUCACCCGCCGGGAGGGCAUGUGCUGUCCUGAGUGCCAAGAUUCCAAAGAGGAAGAGGAGGAGCUGAUAAAAGUUCCGGAAAAGAAGAACAGCUGGAGCCACUGAGCUGAGAUCCCCUCUCCACCCGCAUCCCCCACUUCUACCUUCCCCCCACCACGCCCCCCUCCCCUCCUCUCUCUACCUAUCCCCUCAUGGGCAGACCUAGACCUGCACACUGGGUCAGCUAACACCCCCUAAAAUCAAGACCCCUAUAACCCUCCAGCCCCAACCCACAAACCCCCUGUCCACUCCCACCCCUUAGUCAGCCUCUGGAUUGUAACGAAGGAAGGAAAGACAGAGGAAAAGAAAGAGUAGUAUUGAGGUGUCAUGGAAGAGAAUGGAAAGAAGGGAACUAAAA